AUGGCUCCUGCUUCUUCUUCUUCAACAAUUCUUCAAUGGAAGAAGUACGACGUAUUCAUUAGUUUUAGAGAUUCUUCAUGGUGUUUAGAUGAGCUAGUGAAGAUACUUGAAUGUCAAGAAAGGAAGCAGCAGAUUGUCGUACCGGUGUUUUACCGUGUGGAUCCAAGUCAUGUUCAAGAGCUGACCGGGAGUUACGGAGAUGCAAUUUAUAAGCAUACACAAGAAUUCAGUCACUGUUUGGACAAGGUCGAUAAUUGGAGUUCUGCUUUGAUGAAAAUUUCUAGCUUAUCAGCCUGGGAUUCACGGAUUACUAACUAA